GCCCGCGAGCCGCGGACCGGGCAUGGGCGGGCGGCUGUCGGCGGAGGGCGGCUGAGGGCGGCCAAGGGUCCGCGCGGUGACCUCCUGUCGCCGCGCGCGCCCCUCCAGUGAGCCUGUUCGCGACGGGGACCAAGCCUGCAGGCUGCAGAGACCCGGCUCCGCGGCGGCGGCGUGAGCCUCUCGCUGUCCGGCUCUUCGCAGGACUGAGCGGGUGGCGCUGUCCCGGCGCGAUGCGCUGAGCGCGCAGAGGGCCGAGCGCCCGGUUCCACAGCUGCACCCAGAGCCGACCCCAUGGAACCAGCAGGCACCCGGCGGAGCCUGUUGGCGCCGCCGCCUGGGCUUCUGCUGCUGCUGCUCCUGCAGGUGGCGGGGCCGGCGGGCGCCCUGGCAGAGACCCUCCUAGACACGCCAAAGGCCAAGGGCACCAGCUCCAGCCAGCCUAGCCCAGCGAGUGUGGUGGCUCCGGGAACCACGCCGUUUGAGGAAAGCCGUCUGCCGGUGUUCACCCUGGAUUACCCCCACGUGCAGAUCCCCUUCGAGAUCACCCUGUGGAUCCUGCUGGCCUCCCUGGCCAAGAUCGGCUUCCAUCUCUACCACAAACUGCCCACCAUCGUGCCGGAGAGCUGCCUUCUCAUAAUGGUGGGCCUGCUGCUGGGCGGGAUCAUCUUCGGCGUGGAUGAGAAGUCGCCCCCUGCCAUGAAGACCGACGUGUUCUUCCUGUACCUCCUGCCGCCCAUUGUGCUGGACGCUGGCUACUUCAUGCCCACUCGCCCCUUCUUUGAGAACAUAGGCACUAUUUUCUGGUAUGCGGUGGUCGGAACGCUCUGGAACUCCAUCGGCAUCGGCGUGUCCCUGUUUGGCAUCUGCCAGAUCGAGGCCUUCGGCCUGAGCGACAUCACCCUGCUGCAGAACCUGCUCUUCGGCAGUUUGAUCUCGGCCGUGGACCCCGUGGCGGUGCUGGCUGUCUUCGAGAACAUCCAUGUCAACGAGCAGCUCUACAUCCUGGUCUUCGGGGAGUCCCUGCUGAACGAUGCGGUCACCGUGGUCCUCUACAACUUGUUCAAGUCCUUUUGCCAGAUGAAGACCAUUGAGACCAUUGACGUGUUUGCGGGAAUUGCGAACUUCUUCGUGGUGGGAAUUGGCGGCGUGCUGAUUGGCAUCUUCCUGGGAUUUAUUGCAGCAUUUACCACCCGCUUCACACACAACAUCCGUGUGAUUGAACCGCUCUUUGUCUUCCUGUACAGCUACUUGUCCUACAUCACCGCCGAAAUGUUCCAUCUCUCAGGCAUCAUGGCAAUCACAGCUUGUGCAAUGACUAUGAAUAAGUAUGUGGAAGAAAAUGUGUCCCAGAAGUCCUACACGACCAUCAAGUAUUUCAUGAAGAUGCUGAGCAGCGUCAGCGAGACCCUCAUCUUCAUCUUCAUGGGCGUGUCCACUGUUGGCAAGAACCACGAGUGGAACUGGGCCUUCGUCUGCUUCACCCUGGCCUUCUGUCUGAUCUGGCGAGCACUGGGUGUCUUUGUCCUGACUCAGGUCAUUAACUGGUUCCGGACCAUUCCCCUGACCUUCAAGGACCAGUUCAUCAUUGCCUAUGGAGGUCUCCGCGGGGCCAUCUGCUUUGCCCUGGUGUUCCUCCUUCCUGCCGCCGUGUUCCCUCGGAAGAAGCUCUUCAUUACGGCUGCCAUUGUCGUCAUAUUCUUCACUGUCUUCAUCCUGGGAAUAACCAUUCGGCCUCUGGUGGAGUUUCUUGAUGUUAAGAGAUCCAAUAAGAAGCAACAAGCUGUCAGUGAAGAAAUCCAUUGCCGGUUUUUUGACCAUGUGAAGACUGGAAUUGAAGACGUUUGUGGACACUGGGGUCACAACUUUUGGAGAGACAAGUUUAAGAAAUUUGAUGAUAAAUAUCUUCGGAAGCUUUUGAUUCGGGAAAACCAACCCAAGUCAAGCAUUGUGUCCUUAUAUAAAAAACUUGAAAUAAAACAUGCCAUUGAGAUGGCAGAGACUGGAAUGAUAAGUACUGUCCCCUCUUUUGCAUCUCUGAAUGAUUGCCGUGAAGAAAAAAUAAGGAAGCUCACACCUGGUGAAAUGGAUGAAAUUCGAGAAAUAUUAUCAAGGAAUCUGUAUCAAAUCCGUCAGCGAACUUUGUCAUACAACAGACACAAUUUGACAGCAGACACAAGCGAGAGACAAGCCAAAGAGAUUCUGAUCCGCCGCAGGCACAGUUUGCGAGAAAGCAUCAGGAAAGACAACAGCCUGAAUCGAGAGCGCAGGGCUUCCACUUCAACAUCUAGAUAUUUAUCCUUACCUAAAAAUACAAAGCUGCCAGAAAAGCUACAAAAGAAAAAGAAUAUUUCCAAUACAGAAGAGGAAAGUCUAAGGAUUGCUGGUGAUAAUGGAGGGCGAGAUGGCAACAGCAGCGACUCAGACGUAGACACCGGGACCACCGUGCUCAACUUGCAACCCCGGACCAGGCGCUUCUUGCCAGAACAGUUCUCCAAGAAAGCCUCCCAGUCCUACAAGAUGGAAUGGAAGAACGAGGUCGAUGGGGAUUCCGGCCGAGGGCAGCCCAGCACGCCCCCAGCACCCCGCAGCAAAGAAGGGGGCACCCAGACGCCAGGCGUGCUGCGCCAGCCCCUUCUCUCCAAGGACGGCUUUGGCCGUGGGAGGGAAGACAGUUUGACUGAAGACAUGCCACCCAGGCCUCCUCCCAGGCUGGUCCGCAGGGCAUCUGAACCUGGAAACCAGAAAGCCCGAUUCGGGAGCGAAAAGCUCUGAGGGAAGUGGCCAAGGCAGAUCAGGGUCGGCUGACCCCUCCAAGCAAACCCGAAGCAGCAGUGGAAUUCCCUUAAGAUCCCCGAUCCGAAAGCUGUCUUUGGAUGGUAGAGUCAAUAGUGAUUAUUGGGAUGAGUUUGUAUCCCAAGAAGGGGGAAAUCAGAGACUAAGUUAAAUCCCACAAAAUAUCUUCUGUGACUUGUUGCUUGCAAAUUGUACUCUAUGAAGGACUGAAGAAAAAAAAAAAAGUGUGCCUUUAAAAUCGAACUUGAACAACAGAACUUGAAAAUUUUAACACACCCUUGUUGGUGGAAAUUUUAAUAUAUUACACAUAUGCCUCUAAUUUUAUUUAUGAAAAAAAAUGUGUAUGUCUGUAGCAGAUCAGUUUUUAAGUGAAUGGCACUAAAAGUUCCUACAGCAUCUUUCCAAGGGUUAGUGGUCAGUUUCUAAGGGGUGAAUCCUAAACUCAGGUAGGGACCUCUCCCUAUGCUGAGCUGUGGUCCUGUUGGUAAAGGAGGAGCAGAGUCUGUAGCAGAGGCAUGUCAUGACUAUUGAAUUGGGAACAUAAUCAGAGGAAGUGACCUGGCUUCCAGUGUUUGGACUAGCCUCCUCACACUCCUGUGAAACAAGAGUUAGCUGUUCUUAAUUGUUCAUCCGUGUACCAUGUGUUUGGGGGUGACAUAUAAGUUCCAUCUGCCCUUCUUUUUUGAUGUUUUUCAUGGCGCAAAGAGAAAUUCUGCCAGGGACAAAAUCAGCCUACUGCAUUUGAUAGAUUUGGUGGCAGCUACUGAGAAUUCCCACCCUAGAGAGGUUCCUGUGACCAGUGGGAAAGAGGUAGGACCUGCUUACUGUGAGAUGGCAGGUUUUAUAUUGUGCAAUAUUGGGAGGAGGAUGUGGAUGAUUCCUUUCACACACAUCUAUGGUCACCUGCUUUAAUAUAAUUUUUCUGUAGAACAUUCUAGAAUUUGGAGUCCAGAUCAAGCGGACAAAGAUGAACGUUUAUAGAAACAGUAUUCUAAAGUUUAAUGGAUUGGUGAGAUUUCAGGUUUUGACUUUUUGUUUAGGAAGCACUUUGGAGAAUGUGGGAAUCCUAUUUUUUUUUCUUUUUUUGCACUAGUCUGUAAUUUACCUCUUCACCUUCAAUAAUGCAGUGACUCAAAUUCUUCCUAUAAAAUUGGAUUCUACUCAUUGGCGUACUUUUUUAGAUGUAGAGCAGAAAGAAAAGUGUAUGAAUAUUUAAAUCACUGUCUCUUAAACUGCAGAUUUUAUUGAAUUGUCAUUUUUUUUUUCCUGAAUAAUCCCUCUUUAAAAUUUAGCAGGUACAAGAUUCUAAAUUUCUGGGUUUAGAUAUUAAGUGAAGCCAUUCAUGUACUUUCUUGGUUUUAUAUUGGAAACUUUCCACACCCUGCAAAGGAUAUAAGUGACCGCGGUAUGACAGGGGGAGGAACAAGAAUAAAUUAAACAAAAAGAAGACAGUCCCCAGUACUCCUUCUCAGCCCCUCCUCCACCCCAGCAACAUGGAGACAUUUUCUUUCCUUGUUUCUUAUGUUCUAAAAUCUGGGAAUACUAUCGGUGGCUUGCAUGAGACAGGGAGGAGGGUACAGAAGGGACAAGUUGAAAAGAGCACAAGACCUUCCCCAACAAUCCUAGGCUGGUCAGUGGGAAGCAUUGGAGAAGGCAAUUAGAAAGCCAUAUGCCUAGGACUCUGUGCCAAAAAUCCGAGUUUUAAAUGAAAAUAUUAGUAUCAAAUAUGCAUUCCUUCUACUGAAAAGAAAUUAAAACUGACACAGAAUUUUAUGAUUGAAAUAUAAUUUAUCAAAAGAUGUAAUGUGUAUUUUUGAGAAUGCCAAGGGUGAAUUUUCAGAAUACUUAAUUUUUGAAAUCUGCAAAUUAAGAUAGAAAUUAAAAAUGACCUUUAAAAAUAAAUUUCCCGGUUUCUAUAUUAAUAAACAUUAUACUUGAGUUUAACUUUCUGGAAUGAAAACAUGAAAAAAAAAAAAAAAGUAAAAGUCAAAUAAAGAGUUUGAAUGACAUUGUAUAGAUUUCUGAAAAAGAGUACUGGAGUCAUUUUGUCUUAAUUAUUAUCUGUUUAAUUAUUUUUAUUCAUUGAAUGGCAAAGGCAAUAAAAAAUAAAUUUGACUUUA